AAUAAGAUUAGAGUGUGCAAUUUUGUGACGUGAUUACGAUUCUGAGGCAACGAAACGUUGGAAAGAGUCCGGUGCGGUGGUGCCGUCGUAGUGAACAGCAGCAACAGCAAUCCAAUUCGUAUUCUCAAUCCAGAGAUAUAGAGGAUUCCAACAAGAGAGUUACGAAUGUUGUGGGUGCGAGUGAGAUCGGAACAACACCAUCUAUGUGUGCAUCAUCAUCAUCACUAUUACUGUAUACAACAAGUGCAAGCGGUAACUGGAUUAAAACAUCAACAACAACAACAACAUCGACAACUGAGCAUCUGUGAAAACAAAAGGGGUUAGGAGUGCGUAAAUGGAGCUGAAACCGCCUUCCACAUCGGCCAUCUGAUCUUCGGUCCCACUCCACUCGAUAUACUGGGUGUUUCCUCGGAGAAGACGACCGAUGAAUUAGCCGAAAGCAAGCAAUAUAACACCACCACCCAUCCCCAUUCAAACUAUCACCAAUCAUCAUCCUUCAUCACUACUUUAUUCUCGUCUCUGACUUCCCAUCCACCCACCAUUCGUACAUACCGGAUCUGCGAUGAAGGAGGGCCGGAAGUUGACCGUCUUCCGGGACAGCGUGCCCGCAGUUCACGGAAAACCGAGCGCCACGCCGACAGUUCGCGUUAGGCUCAGCAAUCACCAAAGAAACCUCAGUCUGGAUUUUAGGUCGAUGGGGAUUCCGCUGCCACCGGUGACGCAGGUGACGACGGGAAAUGGCACGCACAUGACGCUGCACCACAGGAACAGGAGUCUGGAUUCGGCACUGCAGAGGAUCCCCGAGGUCGAUGUGACGCCGAGUCCCGAAUGCGAAGUCGUCAUCGUCUCCUCGUCGGAGGUGAUGUCCUCCAACUGCCAACAGACGGGCAUCGCGAAGACGCAGCGCGACGAGCUUGCCAGUCUCGGAUCCGACGAUUCCGGCAUCCUCUGCGGCUCGGACACCGGGUCGACGAGCGAUGGAGGAGGUGGCGGUGGAGGAGACGGCGGAGGAGGAGGAGGUGGCGUUUGCAGCAGUGCAACACGCGAAUCGAGCGUCGAGUUUCUCUCGAAUAACCAGAGCCAGGAGAGCCUGGACGACGUCGUCGGUGAUGAUGAGUGUUGCAUUGUUAAAGGACAAUGUAGAAGGACUA